AUGAGCAAGCUAACAGACUAUUCCAAGUUCGACAAGCUGGAGUGCAGCUCUGAUGACGAAGAAGAGGUGACCAAGGCCAGUGUCGCUAGUCGACCAGCGGCACCAGCGGAACCAUCGGCACAAUCCAGCUCCCACCUGCCGCAACAACCCACACCAAGUCCUUCCAGCGAUCGCAUCUACAAGAACCCGCAGACUGGCCGCCACGUGUACGAAUACAAUGGAAAACCAGUCUAUGAAUGGGAACAAAAUUUGGAAGAAGUCAUCCUGUACAUCCAGGCACCCCCGGUGCCCCGAAAUCGCAUUCAUUGCAAAAUUGCGCCACGGCAUCUUCAACUGGGAAUCACAGAACUGGUCGAACAACAGGGCAAGUACUUUAUGGACGAAGACACCUUUGGGACUGUGGACGUCUCCGAAUCUACGUGGACUCUGGAAGAUGGAAUGUUAGUCAUUUACUUGGCCAAGGCCAACAAGGCAGAAGUAUGGGAUGUGGCACUGAUGGGCAGUAAGAAAACCAAGGAGCAAACUGCCACACUUGAUCCCAUGGCCAAGCAGCAAGUCCAACAAGAAAUGAUGCUGGAACGAUUCCAGGAAGAAAAUCCUGGAUUCGAUUUUCGAGGGGCCAAAUUCAAUGGCAACGUACCAGAUCCUAGAACUUUCAUGGAGGGGGUCAAGUAUUCAUAG